GUGUGCUUCGGUAAAUAUAGUUUAUCGUAUCCGCAAAGUUCCUUAUCCUUCUACCUUGAGGCUACUUCAGUACAAAGGACUUCUUGAAUCUACCGUUUUCCAUUACUUGGGUUACAUAUCGAAAGCCGAAGAAAAGGUUGUUUGAUUGCUCUUUUCUUCCUACAUUUAUUUAUAAGCAAGACGAUUUCUUUCUUGCUUUUCAUUUUCUGAAGAUUUCUCUUCAAAAUCUUCUUUUCGCAAAGUUUGGAAGUAGAGUCUAAUUCAUAUCCCGGCUUCUCCUUAUAUAUAAGGAAAGGUCUAAUAAGUUCCUUUCUCCUUUGAUUCCACUGCUAUUCCGCAAAUUUCUCUCGACCUAUUUUAAUUAAGAGGACUUACUUGAUAUUCAGGUCUUGUUCAUUAUUCAAUUUUAAUUUAUUUGUUGUCCCUAAAUUCGUGUUGAUUUUUUUUUUUUUCAUUCUUGUUGUAUAAACUCUAAUUUUUCUGCAAUUCCUCCCCUCCUUGCAUUUGGAUUUUUUCCUCUUCAAAGCCGCUGAUUUUGAUCUGAUAAAAAAUGGAAACACUCUCUUAUACAUAUAUGAAGAAGCGCAAAGCUGAUUCUGAUGAACCUAUAGUGAAAAAAGCUCGACCAUUGCCUGUUGGCAAUCACUUACCUCUACCUCGCUUGUUUCAGUAUACAGAAAAACAACAGUUGGUAUCCUUACUGCUUCAGUGUGUUGAGAAGCAUCCAGAUUUGGGACGCAAUAUCCGUGAAAAGUUACCAGUGCCUUCUUUGGAAACAUGCAUUGGUACCAUGCAAAAAUUGUCUGAAACAUUGCACUCUUCUUUCCCAUAUGGUGGAGAUAAGAGAGGAGAGUAUGCAUUUAACCGAAUUCGUGAAAAGUAUAUGGCUGUUUUACAUGCUUUAAAUGAUUUAGUUCCAUGUUAUUUACCCCCGCAUUCUACCUGUUUUGAACAUAAUUUUGCCUUCUUGGAUGCUGCUACUAAUGUUGUUCAUCAGCUCCCGGAAUUUCAUAAUCCUAAUCAUAAUGUCUAUAAAAGCCAAGCUUACUAUGAACUUACAGGGGCUUGGUUAGUUGUGCUGAAACAACUGGAAGAGCGGCCGAUUCUGCCGCUUUUGCCGAUUGAAGAGUUGGAGGAGCAUAAUCAAAAAUCCCAAAACCGGUUACAAGAGGCUGUUGUAUAUUUAAAGGAAUUACGAGAAAACGAACCAAUUUUACGAGAUAGAAAUGCCGCUAUUCAACAAUUACAAGCACCACCUAAUCAUUUACACUAUUACGGAGCAACUAAUGGAAUGAACAUGGGAAAUGACAGCGGUAUUGGAUGGUUGAACAUGCAUCAAUAUAUCUAGAUUAGAAUAGUAGACCUAUCAAGAAACAAAUAAUGGCUAAUAAAACCGCAGUUUGUAUGGUGACAG